AUGUCUCCAUCAGCACUCUACAAUGUUGACACGGUCGAUAUUAUGGAAAACCCCCCCUCAUUCCCUACCCUCCUCCUUUACGACACCAAGGGACUCAAACUUUUCGAGAAGAUCACCUACCUGGACGAUUACUACCUCACCAACGCCGAGAUCGAGAUUUUGAAAACACAUGCAAAGCGAAUUGUGGAGCGGAUCCCGGAGAAUGCACAGCUAGUUGAGUUGGGUAGUGGAAAUCUGCGGAAAAUCGAAAUCAUUCUUCGCGAGUGUGAGCGGGUUGAGAAGCGGGUCGACUACUACGCAUUGGAUUUGUCCUUGGUGGAACUGCAGCGAACCUUCGCGGAGAUCACACCAGAAAGCUUUACAUACGUUGAACUUCAUGGCCUUCAUGGCACCUACGAUGAUGCUCUCGCCUGGCUUCAAAUACCUGAAAAUUCCACGCGGCCAACUGUCGUCCUGUCAAUGGGGUCCUCCCUUGGAAAUUUUCCUCGAGCGGCCGCGGCAGACUUUCUGGGUAGCUGGUCAAAGGUUCUGAAACCAUCCGACUGUCUAUUGAUAGGGUUGGACGCUUGUAAAAACCCCGAAAGGGUAUUCAAGGCGUACAAUGACUCUGAAGGUGUUACUCGGAAGUUCUAUGAGAACGGUCUAUUACACGCUAAUGCAGUCCUGGGCUAUGAGGCGUUCAAGCCUGGCGAAUGGGAGAUACUGACAGAAUAUGAUGAGCAUGAAGGGAGGCAUCAAGCAUGCUACUCUCCAGUCGUCGAUGUCACUAUCAAAGACAGUAUAAUUCGGAAGGGCGAUAAGCUACUCUUUGAAGAAGCUUACAAGUAUGACCGCAGCGAGUGUGAUGAGCUAUGUCGAGACUCGGGAUUGAUAUCCCAGGUCGAGUUUGGGAACUUUGACAACAACUAUUAUAUCCAUCUUUUGUCGCCUGCUACUCUGAAAAGACCGGUACGGCCAAUGCAAUAUGCAUCGCAUUCGGUGCCUAGCGUGAAAGAUUUCCAGUCGCUUUGGACUGCUUGGGAUAUAGCUACAAAAACCAUGAUCCCCCGAGAAGAUCUUCUAUCGCAGCCUAUCAAGCUUCGAAACGCGCUGAUUUUCUAUCUUGGCCAUAUUCCAACAUUCUUCGACAUUCACCUCACGCGUGCUUUGCGAAGUAAGCCCACAAAUCCCAAAUAUUUCCAGCAAAUAUUCGAACGAGGGAUUGACCCUGAUGUCGAAGACCCGGAGCAAUGCCAUUCUCACAGCGAGAUUCCCGAUGAAUGGCCCCCUCUACAUGAUAUAUUGGAUUAUCAAGAACGGGUUCGCAACCGGGCACGUUCUCUCCUCCAAAAUCGAACAAACCUAGAUCGCAGUGUCGCUGAAGCGCUAUGGAUUGGAUUUGAGCAUGAAGCGAUGCAUUUGGAGACUUUCCUCUACAUGCUGCUUCAGAGUGACAGGACACUGCCACCCACCGGGGUAGAUACCCCGAACUUUGCACAGAUGGCCCAAGAUGCAAAAAAGAACGCGAAGCCGAACCAGUGGUUCCAUAUACCAAAGCAAACCUUGACAAUUGGUCUCGAUGACUCUGAUCACACUAUGCUGCCGAUCGACUCUUUUGGAUGGGACAACGAGAAGCCACAGAGGGUCACUUCGGUGCACUCUUUUGAAGCUCAAGCUCGACCUAUCACCAAUGGUGAAUAUGCACAGUACAUACAAGCUCUGCGUCUUCAAACCUUACCAGCUUCUUGGGUGCACACUAGUUCAGAAAAGGAAUAUCCGGUUUCUCGUGGACUACACACGUCACAAUCUGGUGGAAGUUCUAGUGCAACCCAAAUCCAAUUUGAGGAAAUCGCUGUGCGUACUGUCUUCGGGCCCGUUCCUCUCGAACACGCUCAAGAUUGGCCAUUGAUUGCCUCUUAUGACGAAUUCGCACACUACGCUAAAUGGAUGGGGUGUCGAAUUCCCACGUUUGAGGAAACCAGAAGCAUUUACAUGCAUUCUGAGAAGCUACGCGGAAACACUUCUUUGCAUUGUGCCAACGGCCAUAGCAACGGAGUCAAUGGAACUCAUAAAUCCAUACCCGAAGAGCCUUCCACCUUCCGCAAUCUUAGCGGCUGCAAUGUGGGCUUCAGAAACUGGCAUCCCGUCCCAGUCACACCAAACGGAGAUCAACUAGCUGGUCAGAGUGAGUUUGGAGGGGUGUGGGAGUGGACAAGUACACCAUUGGCGCCACACGAAGGCUUCAGUUCCAUGGAAAUAUACCCGGGAUAUACAUCGGACUUUUUUGAUGGAAAGCACCACAUCAUCCAGGGCGGAUCAUGGGCCACUCUUCCCCGAAUCGCUGGGCGAAACACCUUCGUCAACUGGUACCAACACAAUUAUCUAUACGCGUGGGCUGGAGCACGUCUUGUGCGGGACUGCAAUGUGUAA